GAGCCCGGGUCCCGGAGACUCCUGCCGUCACGCCCGGGGCUCCGCGUAGCCGAGAUCGGGAGACGCGUCCGUGCCUCCGGGGAAGGCGACCCAUCUCCCCUCCGCCUCUUUGGCUGCAGUUGCACCUCCGGCCAGAGGGCGUUGGAGGUUAAGCAGAAAGAGAGGCGUGGACCUGUUUACGAGAUUAUGAAACCUGUGAAGAAAAAGAAAACCGAAGAACCUGAACUGGAGCCCCUGUGCUGCUGCGAGUACAUAGAUCGGAAUGGGGAAAAGAACCACGUGGCUGCUUGUUUGUGUGAUUGUCAAGAUCUGGAUGAAGGGUGUGAUCGAUGGAUUACAUGUAAAUCUUUACAGCCAGAGACUUGUGAAAGAAUCAUGGAUACAAUUUCUGAUCGCCUCCGAAUUCCUUGGCUUAGAGGAGCCAAAAAAGUGAACAUCAGCAUCAUCCCUCCGCUUGUCCUGCUGCCUGUCUUCCUUCAUGUGGCUUCCUGGCAUUUCCUCCUGGGGGUGGUGGUUUUGACCUCCCUUCCUGUGCUGGCACUGUGGUACUACUACCUCACUCACAGAAGGAAAGAACAGACCCUGUUUUUCCUGAGCCUUGGACUGUUCUCGCUGGGCUACAUGUACUAUGUGUUCCUGCAGGAAGUGGUCCCCAAAGGGCGUGUGGGUCCCGUUCAGCUAGCUGUUCUUACCUGCGGGUUAUUUCUGAUACUCUUAGCCUUGUACAGAGCCAAGAAGAAUCCAGGCUACCUCAAUCCAGCAAGCAGUGACAGAGCUCUAAGCAGCAGCCAGCUGGAGUUGCUGAACCGAAAAGGGCAGGAGAAGACGAAAGGGUUCCCUGGGACAGACACGUCGGGCAGUCUCAACAAUCGCACAGCAAAGGAUGACCCCAGGGGCUCUUCCAGGAUGCCGGCUGGAAGCCCCACCAAAGCAAAGGAGGACUGGUGUGCCAAGUGCCAGCUGGUGCGACCAGCCCGGGCGUGGCACUGCCGGAUAUGUGGCAUCUGUGUGAGGAGAAUGGAUCAUCACUGUGUCUGGAUAAAUAGCUGCGUUGGAGAAUCAAAUCAUCAAGCAUUUAUACUUGCCCUUUUGAUCUUCUUGCUCACCUCGGUGUAUGGGAUCACACUGACCUUGGACACCAUUUGUAGAGAUAGAAGCGUCUUCACAGCUCUCUUCUACUGUCCUGGAGUUUAUGCAAAUUACAGCUCGGCUCUCUCCUUCACCUGCGUGUGGUACUCUGUGAUCAUCACAGCAGGCAUGGCCUACAUCUUCCUGAUCCAGCUGAUCAAUAUCAGCUACAAUGUGACUGAACGGGAAGUCCAGCAGGCCCUCCGACAGAAGACUGGGCGCCGGCUCCUCUGCGGGCUCAUCGUGGACACAGGGUUACUUGGAUGAGCCAACUCAGCUUCCUUCCCAUGGAUAGGAAGGGACUCUCUGUUUAUUAUUCAGGUUUAUUGGCAUGAAGAUACUUGUUUUAAGUUCCUUGCGAACCCAUGAUGGACAGUUUACAGAAUGCUUAAACCUGUCAAAAGACCAGUAAUUUUUUUGGGGAAAAGCCUUCCCAGGCGUCUGUACCGAAAGGAGCAGCAAACAAGGGGCUAAUCCGUGAGCAGUGUUCUGUAGGCUCUGCGACAUCUUUGUUUUAUAGGACUUUGGAGCCUUUUAUGAUCUGGAACUAUUUGAGGGGUUUCAUUAUAGGCCUUGGUUCUCUCCAGAGGCCAGGUGAGUUUAUUGUGGAAUCUUUGAAAGGACAAGGCCUCUGAAUGAAUCAAUCCCAGGGAAGCAUUUGUUGGUGGUGGUAGUGGAGGAUUGUCCUGUGAACCUAUAAAUCAGCAGUCUCUUGGGCAGAGGAGCAAGCCCCUUGAACAUGAUUUGAAGCAAGCAGGCCCUCUUCUCUUAUCUCACGUCCUCAGUCUCUGUUAAUGAACAUACUGGAUAUGGAGUUUAAUAAAUUACCUACUAUCAUCUGGCCACUUAGAUUAUUAUCACACCACUGUGGACUGUUCCUGGGGGGAGAAGAAUACACCGAUUUGAAAGAUUCAAGGGAGAAAGAGUUAAGGAUCACGACUGCAUGAAAGAGGAAAAUCCUUCAAUAUUUAAUAUGUUUCUUAUGAUACCCACAGAGUACUUUUAUGGUUCCAGCUGAGCGUUCCUGAAAUGAACUGACGGUUAAUAACGCCUCUUUGAUAGGUUACCCUGAUGCUGCUAAUGUGAAGCCUUAAGUGUGUUUCCGGGACAACGUGCUGCUUAUUUCACCUCAGCCACACAUGUGUUUGUGUUUAGGAUAUUGUAAAUCUUUGCUAAGUAGUGUUUUCCUUGGUGAAUGAAGUAAUUGUUGUCUUCAAGUGUACCAUCUGCCUAGCAAAAAAUUGCUACAAACUUUCUUUUAUGCAAUAGUCCUUGGUACUUCUAAUAUUUUUAGCAAGAGACAAUUUUCUGUACUAGAAUCUUCCACUGCCAGAAAACACAGUGCCAGUAAGGUUCUACAUACUACUGACCAUCUGCUUAAUAGACAUGUAUUUCCUUUGAGUAGGACAUUAGCUUUUUAUUAUAAAGCUAAAACUAGUAUAAGCAAAAAUAUAACAUCUAGAAGCACAGUUUUAGCCAGGAUGUUUAAAAAUUAAAGUUUUGCGAGAUUUAAGGGUCUUUUUAACCUAGGUAAGUUUAUAUGCCCUGACUUCAUUGUAGCCAUAUUCUGGUACCUUGCAUUUUGAAAAGUAGAGGUUUCUUAAGCAAGCAAUGGAUAGUAAGAGACUUUUCCUGAGGCACCUGUUUGGAAUCUGGUUUUGUCAGUGGCAGCUUGACAUGUGCACCCUUUUGUAUUAAACACUUCGAAGGUGAUGCAGGGGAGCAGGAAAGCCAUUCUAAACUCACUACCAAGUACAAUUCAGUAUGUUCCUGUGGCUGUUUGCUGUGACUAAUAUAAAUUUCUUGCAGUAUCAGCUACACUUAAUUAUGUUGCUGAUAGACAAGCAUCCACGCUUCAGCUGGCACUAAGUGUUUCACUGUAGGAUCAGCAGCAGGUUAAAGACUGAACGGUUAGUGGAGACAAAUGUCUUAGAGGCUGCGCGAUGUCCAGGUUGGGCUUGUGACUUAUUAGUGGCCUAGCCUUCCUGAUGGCACCUUGAAAGUGAACUUCUAGAAAUUUCUACUUAAAAGGCAAAGCUUUAAAAGCAGAGCUAGUCUAUUCUAGUUAUUGAUGCAACUAAAAUUCUGUAUUUCUUAAGAUGGGCCACUAACAAGAUGGCACAUGAUAGAGCCUGCAGUCUCAACUCAUUGUGAUCCUAAUGGUCCGGGUGAUUGGAUGGUUUGAGUUGUUAGGGAUUUUGAGCUUUUCAUUUUAUUGCAUAUCUGGGUUGGAUGUUAGACUAAAGGAAACCCAGGAAUCUUUACCUGAUGUUACAUUUAAUAUUUAAUGUAACUGGUCUAGCAACAUUAAGGGGGAUUUCUGAAGCCAACUCCGGAGGCUGUGGGCUGAACAUUUUGCACUGUUUUUAUAUACUUGUAUUCAUAUCCUCUUAUCACCUCAGACUCAGACACAAGGCCUUUUACAUGGAAAUUUUACAAAUUACUGCCAUUUAUGUAAAAUAAUGUCCUGUGACCAAGUUGUUUAAAUGGAAAAUAAAGUGCUUUCUUUAAGGAAAA